AUGAUGAUCAUAUCCGCUAACGAGGUAGCCGAGUCGCCAGUCUGCACUUCUGCCGUCCCUGCAAACGUGUCAACCUCGCCUGCCGCCGACAUUGCACUUCUCCCCAUCGCGGAUGCCGCCAAUCACGCCGAUGAGCGGAAGCGGCCACCGCUGCAGCUGCGCCUAGCGGUUAGCGGAGGUGAAGGCGGGGCGGGACUGGGGACGGAUGGGGCAGCGGAGACCAAAGCGGCGGCACGGGCGGAGAAUGAGGGGAAGCUAUCUCCCCGCGGAACGAGGCGCGGGGGAAGGAGCGCGAGCGGGGACCUGAGCGGAGGCGCAUUUUGCGCCAAUGGCGGAGCGGAAAGCCCGCCAGAGGCGGUCACGGGUCCGCUGACCUACCACGGGGAAGGGCGGGGGAGUGAUGCGCGGAACCCUUGGGUGGCGAGGCGCGGGGUCGGCGCGAGGGCGGGGGAAGAGGACAGGGGGGAGGAGAGAGGCGCGAUCGCUCCGCUUCCGCGUAGCGGGCGGAAGGGGCGAAGGCGGAGCGGGGAAUCCGCGGGCGGUAGCAGGGAUGCGCUACAGGGGGCGGAGCUUUUCCGACGCGCCACGACCAUUGCCGACGAGCAGGCGGGAGAAGGAGCAGCAGAGCCUGUUUCUGAAGACUCUCAGGAGCAGGCGGGAGAAGGAGCAGCAGAGCCUGUUUCUGAAGACUCUCAGGAGCAGGCGGGAGAAGGAGCAGCAGAGCCUGUUUCUGAAGACUCUCAGGAGCAGGCGGGAGAAGGAGCAGCAGAGCCUGUUUCUGAAGACUCUCAGGAGCGGGGUGAAGGAAGCGUGGGGUUAAGCGGUUACGAGGAAGCUUCCUGCCUUGAUGAGGUGGAAAGAAGUGGCGAUGUGAGUGGGGAGUGUGGGGAGGUGUGUGAGGGUGAAAGGGGUGAAAGGGGGGAGGGGGAGAGGGAGGGGAGGGAGGGGAGGGAGGAGAGGGAGGCGGAGGGAGGUGGGGAAGGUGAUGGGGAGACAGCAGAGGAGCCUCGGUUUUACAGGGAGGGAAGAGAGGCAUCAGGAGGGGUGGAGGCAGUAGGAGAGUGUGUGGAGUGCUACGGGGAUGGCAAUAGUGGCUUGGAGAACUCUCAGCAACACUCGCAGGGGGAGCAGGGGUUUAUUGUUAGGCGGAGGCAGCGGGGGAGGAGCGGUGCAGGGAGGGACGGAGGAGAGGUGGGGGGUGUGGGGUGGAAAUUGAGUGGGAUUGACACUUCAAGGAUUGACACGGCAGGGAUUGACACGGCAGGGAUUGACAUGGCAGGGAUUGACACAGCUGUGGUCACAGCAGCAGCAAGUGGAGAGUGCACGGAGGCAUGUUUCCCCUCCAGUGCCCCCCUGGCCCCCUCCAGACGCCUCUCCUCAGGGCGUUCCUCGGGUUUCUCCUCGUGGAAGAGUGUAAUUCGGCGGCACUCGCACAACGAGGCGCUGGCGUCGAUACCCUCGGACGGGCCCAAGGACGUGUGGGAAGCAGCAGAAAAGGAGCAACUGGGGGGGUGGCGGAGCCGGUCGAGGGGUGCGAGGAAGAGGAGCAUCAUGGAAGCAGCUGGACGGAGCUCGAGCGGUUUGAGCGAUGACAGUUUGAGUGGUCGGGAGUUGAGUUUGAGGGAGUUGAGUGGUGCGGGUUUGAGUGGCAGGGACCUGAGCGGCAGGGAUUUGAGUGGCAGGGAUUUGAGCGGAGCAGGGAGCAAAAGUUGGCACGAGACAGGGAGUGGGGGGUCGGAAGAGAGAGCAGGAGGAGGAGAGGGGAUGGAUGGUGUGGUUUUGAACGGGGGGGAGCAAGGGCAGGCUGAGAGCUCUCACAGUGCAGCUGUGGGUGGGAUGCACAGCAGAAGGCACACUGUGGACGGUAUGGGUUCUCCUCUUGACAGGGUGCGCGUGAGUCGGAUCCGCCGGGGCGUGUUUGGGCUAGCAAGGAGCAGCAGCAGCGACGACACUGCUGCUCAGACAGGCAGCGGACAGGUGCAUGUGCGGUCCAGGAGCAGCCGCAGCCUCAGCAGCACUGGUGGUGAGGCUUUGCUGUCAACUGUGGUGUCGGGAGAAAAAUCCGAGAGCAGAGGGCGCGGGCAUGCGAGGAGCGGCAGCAGGCUCAGAGCAUGGGGGUUCAGGUCAUGGGGUAGUGGUAGCGGUCACAAGAAGGAGCGCCUCUCUGAGGAUGUUGAGGCGCCUUCUAAGGCACCUCGAUCCGUGCCGGUGGGAACGAGGAAUGAUGGCUCUGGUGAGAGCAGGGAAUCAAGUCAGAUCGACUCGAGCUCGAGUGGCAAGGAUGGUGGAGGACAAAAAGGCACCAGCAGUGGCGUCCAGGGGGGUUGCAGUAGUGGCAGCAGUGACUGCUUUGCUGAGGAAGCCUUGCUCUCUGACAACCCUGAGAAUCGCCGCAAGGCUUCAGGUGAAACUUCAGGUGGUGGCGUGCUGUGGAAUCCAUACAGUGCAGAGGGCCGGCUGGAGGAAAUGCCUCGGUUUGUCACCGAGUGCAAGUCAUCUGGGCUGGAAUAUGAGGAGGAGGGGGAGGAGGGAGAGGAGGGGGAGGGGGAGGGAGGGCACCUGGGUGUGGCAUGGAGCUGCCCUGUCCUCCUGCCUGACGCCACCCUUGGUGUGCCUCCGGCUAUGCACAGCCAGAUGGAAGGGCAGGACGAGGGGUGCAAGAGCCUGCGGGAUGGCUAUAUGGGGCAGCAGGGGCGGCCGCAGGGGAAGGAGCAUGGGAUGCAUGAGGUGGCAGAGGACGUCAGAGGGGAGAGCGCCGUCGGAGCAAGGAGAGGGGGGUCGAGAGAAGAGGACAAGGGCUGCCACCCUUCUUGUUGCAGUGGAGCCGUUUCGACAGCGUGUGCAGAAGGCAAUGCGGGGGCAGCUGGCGUAGGGUGUUUGAUAGUGCAGAUGGACUUGUUACGGUACGGUAUAGUAUGUAGGGUGUAA